CCUCAAAUUGCGUCCACCAUCCUCCCAAUUCUUAAUCCCAGUUUCAAUUACAUAAUCCUGUAAUCCCUGAACAUUUCAAUCAAAAUUAGGUCAGGGUUUUGUUGCUCAUGAAAAUGGCUUCCGAAGACACUGGUUUAGUUCUAUCACAUCGUAUCGACAAUAAGCACCCUCAGCUCCUCUUCCAAGACGACCCCAAUUCAAGUUUCCGCUGCAACCCACCCAAUCAACGGCCCGGCUCUGGACCUGAUCGUCCGGCUGCCGGUGCUACUAGCAACAACAACGGCAAAGCCACUCGAGAGCUUACCGGCUUCAUCGACCACCAACACCGAUAUUUUCAACCGGAAUCCACAACUGAGUUCCGGCAGAGCAUGUACAACCCUGGCUCGGUCGGUAUCCAGAACUGGCAUGGCGGAAAUGGGAGAGCAUCCGAUUCUCGUAGUGGCGAUGGAUCGGAUGGUAAUGAAGAUGAAGAUGACGUGGAGGGGCUUGUAAAUAGCAGCGAUAAUAAGAACAAUAACAGUAGUAAUACUAGUGCGCAGAGCAGUGAGAAAGAAGGGAAUGCGAAAUUGAAUCAUCUUUCUUCUUUUGGUUCGAGCAGGGAAGUACCGAAGGCGGGAAGUGUUAUACCUUCAAGGAACGAUCUAAAUGAUGCAAGACCAAGUUCAAGUGACAAUCAUCAUCAUCAUCAUCAAGGACAAACGAAUGAUUACCCAAAUGCUGUUGCAGUUGUGGAUCGUGAUAGUGAUUUAUACUAUUCGCAGUAUCUUCAUGGGGCUGAGGGUUCAGGAACAGGGCUCAAAGAUAUGUUGGUUGAAAAUGGCUGUGGGUUUAGUGGAAGAAAGGAUAGUGAAUCAGGGGAUUCACUGAGAACAAUACUCUCAGAUCCUUUAACAGGAUCACUUAUGGAUGAUGCUAUGAUACUCCGUUGUGGGCAUUCUUUUGGAAGUGGUGGAAUGCAGCAUAUUAUGAAGAUUAAGGCAUGUUACACUUGUUCACAUCCAGUGGUUGAAGGUUCAGUUGCUUCAAAUCUAUCUCUUAGAGCUGCAGUAUCAGCAUUUCGUAGGGAAGAAGAAUCACAAGUUCACCAUUCAUCUAAAAGAAGAAGAGAGAGAUCAGAUCAGGACAGGGUUAAUUAUGGUGAUUCAAUGUUCAUGGACACACCACGAGGCAAAGGUCUUCAAUUCCCAUUUGCUGUUGCUGAUCGUGUUAUUAUCAAGGGCAACAAGAGGACUCCAGAACGUUUUGUUGGCUGUGAGGCUGUUGUCACAACUCAAUGCUUGAAUGGAUGGUAUGUGGUGAAAACGUUGGAUAAUGCAGAGAGCAUUAAAGUCCAAUAUCGCUCAUUAGCUAAAGUUUCUGAUAAUUCGUCAUCACAGCAAACAUCAAGAAAUGGUACAUUAAUACAAGUGGUAAGGCCAUCUGCAAUACUUGUCACGAGCAACACAACGACGAAGACCAACACGAAGCACGAACCGGUGGUGGUGUACCAGUGA